GAGCCGUACGUGGGGUCUGACUUAAUCAGUUUUGAUUUUGGUUGGCAUAAGGUCAUUUUGUUUUUUGAACUAGUUUACUUAUGUGAGCGCCGGCUUGUCAAAUAUGUCAACGAAGUGUUCAUGAAUAUAAAUUUUUACUUCAUCGAUGGUGCAAGAAUAUGAUGCAUCUAUUCCAUAAAAAGAUACGCAUUUGUUAUUAAAAGAUCUUGUAGCUUAUGAAGAAAGGGUCAUGGAUUUACAGAAAGAAGCUGCUAUCUUAGAACAAAAACUCGAUGAUGCUAAACAAGAAGGUAGACAAGAAGGUAGACAAGAAGGCAUCUAAAUCGGCCAUGAAGAAGGCAGAAAAGAAAGGGAAAUUGAAGUGGCAAAAAACCUACUUAAAGCAGGGGGUAAAGUGCCAAGAGAAAGAGCAUCGUGCUGUAGUACUUAAAAAAUUGCAAGAUUCUAUUCAACAUAAAGACUCUAAUAUCACUGCUGGUAGGCGCUUGUCUGUUGAAAAAUGGGUAAAGACUUAUAUAGAGCAGGUAGAGUAUCUCAAAGACGAUGAGCUGCAGUUUUUGUAUAAGGUUUUCCAAGACGAGAAUUAUUGGUCGGGUAUAAGACUAAAUAAUGCUGUUUUAGGUCAGAAAUUGACUGAAGACAAAAUAAGAGAAAUAAAUAAUCCACUUUGUAGAUAUAAUAUGGCAUGCAGGUAUUGUGUGACAGAUAAGAUUCCUCAACUUUUUCAGAAACAACUUGAGUCUUACAAAAGUGGCUUCUCUUCCGAAGAAGUAGAUGAUGAUGGCAAGCCUGCAACUAACAACCGCAAAUACGUCAGAAAUGAAUUAUUGGAUGCUAUGAAAAGUGUAGACCCUGUGUUUACUUUCUGGAUUGAUAAAAAAACUGGAGGGUUUGAAAAACAUGAUGAUGCAGCAGAGGGUUUUAAUAAAGCUGUAGAAUUUAAGUGGAGUGAAGGAGUGGAAUACUUCUAUCGCCGUAUGAGUCAAGAAUAAAAGAAAAAGAUCGAUAACCUAAUAGUUGACGCUAUUGCUAACUUGUCUGCUGUUAAGGCUAACCAUAAUGUCGCUACUGUUUUAGAUUUUCUUAUACGUGAAAUAAUCACUGAUUCAGCAAAGUAUAAAUUAUUACUUGAGCUACCAGACAAAGGAGUUAUGUAUCGAACUCUUAGCGCAUUAGUACAGUGUGGUUUUGUUGAUGUAGUUCAAGAUGUAGUAAAAUAUUGGUCUGAGGAAAAAGUUUCAUUACCUGAGGAAGAGAAAAUUCUCUCAAAUAGAGACUAUGCAUCUCUCCUUUUCUCACUUUCAAAAUUGAUGUUAGGACAUCCUGAUACAGGUAUCCAAGCUAAGGCAAGAGUAGUUAUCAUGGAUCUUUGGAAAUGCAGCUGCUUUUCUGAACACAAAAAAAUGCCAUUGAUCCUUUGAAAGAUAUACUUGCCUUUGCUGCUAUGAAACCAGCACUUGCAAUGUUGAUUGUAGAUUGGAAACGCAAUGAUGGCCGUGGAGACAACAAAAAAAAA